AUGGCGACCGCAGUCCAGACCCAGACUCAAAUGAUUCCCUUGGAAAUAGUCGACUCCAACGACGAAUGGAAUACUCCUGUUUCACGAGUAUCGAUCCAUGGCCCGCUGAGCAAUCACGCACAUGAGCUCUCUCGACUGACUCAGGAGACCCAGCCUUUGGAACUCUCCCGAGCUAGAGCAGUUAUAUUGGUGAUUACGCUAACCGGACUGACCUUCGUCGGCAUACCGUCCACUCCACUUGUGGAAUGCGAAAUUGACGAGAAGCCUAGUCUUGCAAACGGAUGCUGCUUGCUAUUGGCAGGUUCAUUGGCAGAUUUCUUUGGGAAUCGAGUCAUCAAUUUGGUCGGAUGUUGCCUCUUGACAGUGUUUAUUCUCGCUUGCAGCCUAGCAGAGAGUGGUCUCCAGCUUAUCUUGUUUCGCACGUUUCAAGGUAUUGCGACUUCAAUGUGUCUCCCAACCGCUUUCAGUAUUAUGACGGACAGCAUGCCCGCAGGCAAACGUCGAAAUAUCGGGUUUUCCUGUCUGGGGCUAGGUCAACCAUUUGGCUUUUCUGUGGGUCUUGUUUUGGGUGGGAUCUUCCAGGAUUCCACACUCGGAUGGAGAUUUGGCUACUAUCUCUGUGCAGGGGCGACGUCCAUUUUAACAGUCGUCAACUACUUCAAACUACCUCAGGACAAGCCUCGAGAUCCUUUCUCGAUUCACAGACUCCGGACCGAGAUCGACUGGGUGGGAAUUCUCCUCUCGAGCGCGUGCUUAGGCAUCAUAUCUUAUGUUUUCGCCAAUAUCACAGAUAACCCAUCUACUAUUCGGAACCCAGAAAAUAUCAGCUUGCUUUGUGUGGCUGCUGCUAUGAUACCCUCCUUUUGGGCCUGGAUGCAAUGGAGAGAAAGGUCAGGGAGGCCAGCACUUAUUCCUAACUCGCUAUGGAAUAACACAGCAUUUGCAACCAUCUGUGUGAUGGUUCUUUUCUCUUGGGGCGUAUUGAACGGCAUGGAGACGAUUUUGAGUCUUUUCUUGCAGGAAGUUCAACAGCUGUCUGCAAUCCAAGCAGCUCUCCGAUUCUUACCUAACGUCAUCAUCGGGAUCAUCGUCAAUAUUGGAACAGGACUAGUGGUGCAUCGCCUUCGCGCUAACUACCUCAUCAUCUUUACCUCGAUUCUCUCCGCUGUCUCACCACUACUCAUGGCAAUUAUCGAUCCCAAAUGGUCGUGGUGGUAUUGCGUGUUCUGGGUAAUGGUACUAGGCCCAUUAUCAGCGGACGUUAUUUUCACUGUCGCAAAUUUGAUUAUUGCGGACUCUUUUUCGCCCAAAACACAAGGUCUUGCAGGAGCUGUGUUCAACACUAUCGCCCAAUUCGGUACAUCGAUCGGUCUCACUACCUUUGCCAUAAUUGCAGCUAGUGUCACGGAUGCAUCCUCAUACAAGAACAAAAGUUCGCCGGAAGCUCUUAUGGUCGGAUAUCGGGCGGUUUUUUGGACCUGUUUUGGGCUCUUACUGGCUGCUGUAGGUAUCAGUGCCUGGGGAUUGCGCCAAGUAGGGAAGGUCGGUCUCAAGCGAGAGUAA